AUGUGUGCAAUGGGCGGUGCUCCUUCUCUGCCACCUGAUAUGCUGUCAAAAGGAAUGCCUAUAACUGGAAGGCACAAGAUUGAUUCGAAAGAUUUCGAGCGCUACUUUACAAAAAAUAUAUCGCUACUCGACACGCUAGCUAAUUUAGAAAAGUGCGUGCUCUUUUUCGAGUGCCUCGGUAUUGCGCAUCUUUUGCCACAAGACGAACAGAUUAGAAUUGAUAAAGAAAGCAUCUUUAUAUCAUUUGUUGAACAUGAGCAUGGAUUUUCUGCCAUUGAAGCUCUGCCGGAAUUUCCUUUCAAGGGAAUUCCGGAAGAGUGCUUGAGUGUUUUAUUGAAAACCGAUGCCAAAGAUCUUUCCCAGUUGGUUAUUGUUGGCCUUUUUGUAUUCGCCACGGAGUAUCCCAAGAAUUUGGAUCAAAUAUUUCCUUUAUACAUCAAAAUCCUUGAACAUUGGGAGCCCGUCGUCAAGGGGUUUGCGGCUUCUGCAAUAUGCUGGCUGAUCCAAAUCCUAAGAGAACGAUUUAACAUUUGCAUUGGAGAGCGAUGGGUUUGGGUAAUAAAUGAGCUGCUUUCAGAAUCGCUCCUGCAUUAUUAUGACUCGUUGGAUGUGCUUCGCCCAGCAUCUCUGCUUUUCCUUGAGAUUAACAGGGAAGAUCCUUCUAUUUUAGUUGAAAGAUUCCUCAACACCAUAUAUGUAGGUUGUGACCGUUAUAAGAGCACCGAGUCUUGGAUGAUCCACCUUAUUUUGGGCCAACUCGAGAAUUCCAAAAUAGCAACAAAAAUCAUCCUUCUUCAUUGGCCUUCAUGGGUGCUUUUCUUCUCCAGAAUGUCUUCAAAUACCCCUGCCAUCGAUGGCGCCGAACAUAUGGCCGCAUUACAAAUUUUAGAGAUAAUCAUCCGAACCCCAGAUAUUGCUCGAUUUUUCAAGGCAAAUCCUAAAGAGACCACACGGGUUAUCUCCUGGUUAAUGAUUUGGAACCUCAAUGCGAAGGGGCUUAGGAAAGAAAUUUCACUCCUCCUACAAAAGCUAAUGGAGGUAUCUGCGUUGAAUCAGCAGCUUCUGUUUGAGGAAAUUGGAAAAAUUCAUCCAUCUUUGUGCCAAAAACUUUCCGAAUUAUUAUGA